ACUCUUAGUUAAGGUUAGUAUCGUAGAUAAGCAGUGAAUCCCACUCACCGAAAAAGAAUAAAUUUGUGGAUUGCGUGUUGAUUACUUAUUUGACAACCGAUCAGAACCCCACUAUAAAAUCCAAUGAAAUUGUAUCGACUAAUCUUAUUCCUAAUCCAAUUGGUAUUUGUAAUUGCUGAAGAUAAUACUAAAUAUAAAGUUAAAUAUCAUUAUGCUGAAAUUCCUUGGAAUAUAGCUGAUGAAUUAGUUGGAUUAAAUAAUAAUUUAACUUCACAAGGACAAUUUGAAAUAAUUAAUAUACGAAGUUCAACAGUUAAUGAUAAAUAUAUUUGUUAUAUUCCAUCAAUUUCAUCAUCAUUAGAAGAAGAAUUAAUAAGUCUUCCACCUAAUAAUAUUCUGGAAAUUACAUUAAAUAGACAAAAUUUAAAGAAACAAGCUGUUAAAGAAAUAUCUAAAUCAUUAAGUACUCAAGGUUGUAAUAUUGCCUUUGGAGUUAAUGGAGGUUAUUGGACAUUUGGUUAUUGUUAUGGAGAUAAAGUAAUUCAAUUCCAUUCAGAUAUUAAAUAUUUUGUAAGUACUGGUAAUCAUCGAGCUGAAGAACCUGAUUUUGUAUAUUUAUUAGGUAAAUUUCCUGGUUCACCAAGUAUUACAAAUAAAACUGAUUUUCAAAAUAAUGUAUCUAAUUUAGAUUUUAAAUUAAAUCCUCAAGAUUUCUUAUUAAAUGAUGAAAUUAAUAAAUUUAAUGAUCCAAUUAAUCAAUUAGAUUCUGAUACUCCAAAACAAACUUUUAUUCAACAUACACUUUUUGAUGGAACAAAAUGUGAAGAAACUGGAAAUUCAAGACAAAUAGAUAUAAUUUAUAAAUGUGAUCCAAAUAAAGGAAUGGUUGAAAUUGCUGAUGUUCAUGAAAUUAAUAUUUGUAAAUAUCAAAUGGUAAUUAAUAUACCAAGACUUUGUUCAAUUGAAGAAUUUAGAGUUAAUACAAUUGAAACAAAAACAGUUGAUAUUGAUUGUAAAUUAGUUAAUAGAUUUGGAAGUGUAUCUAUUGGUAAACCAAUUGAAUUUCAGAAUUUUUUUGAUUAUCCUGAUAAAUUAGCUAAAAAUCAAUAUUUCCCAGUUCAUAAGGAUAAUAGAAUUAAUACAAAUGAUUAUAUUUUUAAACCAUUAGGUUCUAAUUUAUUUUUUGGAUUUAGAAAGGAAAAACUUCAUACUGAAAGUCCUUAUUGGAAUAAUCGAAAUAUAUUAUUAUUUAAUGGUAAAUAUAAUACUACUAAUCAAUUACUUCAAAAUAUCGGUAAAACUUAUGUUAGAGCUCUUGAUUAUAAAAUUCCAUCUCCCAUUGUUUUAGAUGAAAAUAAAUAUUCUACAUUAUCAUUAAAGGAUACAUUUACUGUAUGGUAUGAAUUAUAUGAUGUAUUUGGAAAAUUAAUUGGAUUAAUAAGAAUUAAAAGAGAUAGAAAUCAUGAAGAUGGUAGAAUAGUUUUACAUAUAAUUAAUCCAGAAUUAAUGACUGAUCAAUAUGGUCAAAAAGUUAUAAUUGAAAAAUUCGAUGCUCCAAAUAAUCAAUGGAAUUUUGAGAAUUUCUAUAGACCUAGAAAAGAUGUUAUAGAACGAGAAAAGCAAAUGGAAACUUUUAAACCAACAGAAGAACAAAUUCAAGAACAAGUAGCCGAAGCACUUGAAAGUUUAAUUAAUUCAGGUCAAUUAGGUGAAGGAUUUGAAGCAGUAAUUGUUGGUACUGAAGCAGAUGAAGAGAAUGGUGAGAUGCAUGCGGUAAUAGAGUUUCAACCUAAUGAUGAGGGUACUCAACAAGUAUUACCGAUGGAUAAUAAGCCUGAAGAACAACAACCAGUACAACAGGUGAAGACAGAGAAAAAGGAACAACAGCAACAGGCACAACAAAAAGAACAUAAACCAGAACAGACUGUUAAUAAUAAUAAUAAUAAAUAGAAUAGUUAUGGUUGCAAAUAUAUUUGGUAUAGGUAGGUAAGUAAGUAAGGGGGGUGGGUCGUGUACUGUGAUUUACGCGUACAUCGUGUAAUUCUCAAUACUGAACGGAACGGAAUUUGAUUGAAAAAAAAUGAGCUGUUGGUUAUAGUGGUAAUGAC